AGAGGAACAGAGGAACAAUAAGCUGACGGCCGGAGAGGAGACACCGCAGCCCGGAUCUCCUCCUACUCCUCCUCUCUCGGUGCUUCUCUGUGUUCGAGCCGGCGGCUGGUUGCAGCUCCGCGGAGGAGGCAGGCGGCGGAAUGUCCUCCCCGCAGGUCUCCUCGGCCCGCAGACAGUCAUGCUACCUGUGCGACCUGCCCCGGAUGCCCUGGGCCAUGAUCUGGGACUUCACCGAACCGGUCUGCCGGGGCUGCGUCAACUACGAGGGCGCGGACCGGAUCGAGUUCGUCAUCGAGACGGCCCGGCAUCUGAAGCGGGCUCACGGCUUCCAGGAGGGCCGCUCCCCCGCCGGAGGACCGCAGCAGCCCUCCGCGGCUAAGAGCCAGGCGGUGCUGCUGAGCGGGAAGGAGCCGGUGGGGCAGCUGAACCACCACCACCACCAGGCGGACGGACCGGGGAAGGCUCAGCAGCCCGGAAUGGACCGGUACUCGCUCGGAGCGGACAGCCGGGCUCGGUUCGACUACAGCGGCCACAGCAGCAGCAGCAGCAGCAGGCUGCCCAACGGGCUCGGAGGACCGAACGGCUUUAAGGACGACGGACCUCCGGAGCUGAACCGACAGAGCCCGAACUCACGGAGCCGGAGCCACGGAGGGCUGCUGUCGGCACCGGGACAGAUGAAUGUACCGCCGAACCUGCUGCCGCAGACCCUCCUGAACGGACCGGGUUCGCACAUGUCCAGCAGAGCCCCGCCGCAGAGCUCCAUGGUCGGCGUGCUGCCCGGACAGGUCGGGCUGUCGGAGCCCGGAGGAAAGCGGCCCGCCUCGGUGUCCAGCACCGACCAGGAGCGGGAGCUGAAGGAGAAGCAGCGGAACGUGGAGACUCUGGCCGAGCUGAGCGAGAGUCUCCGGAACCGGCAGGAGGAGUGGAGCAGCAAGCCGAAGACGGUCCGGGACACGCUGGUGACUCUGUCCGGCUGCACGCCGUUCGACGUCCGCUUCAAGAAGGACCACGGGCUGGUCGGCAGAGUGUUCGCCUUCGACGCGGUCUCCAAACCCGGGAUGGACUACGAGCUGAAGAUCUUCAUCGAGUAUCCGAGCGGCUCCGGGAACGUUUUCUCCAGCGCCUCGGGGGUCGCCAAGCAGAUGUACCAGGACUGCAUGAAGGACUUCGGCCGGGGUCUGUCCUCCGGCUUCAAGUACCUGGAAUAUGAGCGGAAACACGGCUCCGGGGACUGGCGGCUGCUCGGGGAUUUACUGCCGGAGUCGCUUCGGUUUUUUAAGGAGGCUGCGGGGGGAGACAUGCUGCCGCAGCCCUACAUCGACGGCAGCUACCCGCUGCUGCCCACCUCCCUGGUGCUGCCCGGCCGUGCGCUGGCUUCAGGCAGCGGGAACAGCAGCUCCAGGGCCGGGGUGAGGAAGAGGAAAGCGUCCCCGGAGCCGGACUCUGACGGCGGGCUGAAGCUGACGGAGGAGCAGCAGCGGCAGCAGUGGAUCAACAGCCAGACCGAAGCCCUCAAACUCUCCAUGGCCACGGGCUCCUUCGCCGGUCCGCCGCCGCCGCUCGGCCCGGGACACCCCGGCCUCCCCUCCGGCCGCGCCUCCCCCCCGGAGCCCUCCGCGCCCCCGCAGAACGGACAGUCCCCGAUGGCCGCGCUCAUGUCGGUCGCGGACACGCUCGGGAACGCGCAGUCCCCCAACAAGGACCGAGACUCGGUCCACUCCACCACCUCCUCCUCCAGACACAACAGCAGCAGCCCGGUGUCCCCCGCCUCCGUGUCCGGCCAGAGGCGCCUCUCGUCCCGCAACGGGGACCUCGGGCUGCCGGCGCCGUCCCAGUCCUCGGGAGGCCUGGACCCGGUGCACGCCCAGAACGUGCCCGACUCCCCGAUGGCCAACAGCGGGCCUCUGUGCUGCACGAUCUGCCACGAACGCUUGGAGGACACCCACUUCGUGCAGUGUCCGUCGGUUCCGGGCCACAAGUUCUGCUUCCCCUGCUCCAGGGAGAGCAUCAAGGCCCAGGGAGCCUCCGGGGAGGUGUACUGCCCCAGCGGGGAGAAGUGCCCGCUGGUCGGCUCCAACGUGCCCUGGGCCUUCAUGCAGGGGGAGAUAGCGACCAUCCUGGCCGGAGACGUGAAGGUAAAGAAGGAGAGAGACCCGUGAGGAGGAAGAGGAGUAGCUGGAGCUCUUCAUCAUCAGUCUGCUGAGAAUCUUCUGUCUGUCAGUGGAGGGACUUAUUGAUGCCAAUUAAUCAAUCAAUUAGCCAAUCAAUCAGUCUGCUUUUAGCCUGGAUCAGAAAUGAGGUGCUUUGAGUUUUUUUUUUUAAUUUUCAUGCAACAUUUCACAGCUUAUGAUGCUUUUUAUACAAACUAAACACACAAAACAGUAAAAACAAGCAGAGCUCAGUAGUUUAACAGUUUCAGUCAUUUUUCAGAUGACUUAUGUUCAAUAUUUGCUGCUUUUCUGGCAAAUUGUUUGAAUAAUUUUAAAUUAUUUGUGAGGAAAUUGAAGUUUGGACUGUGGAGGAGACAAAGUAAUGCUGUUUAUGCAUAAAUUAAUCAGUAUUAUUAAUCUAGUUACAUAAUACAAGUACAAUAGUAGUUAUUCAGUACAUUUAUGUGACAUACUUUUGGAUAUUUUUGCAGUAUUUCAGUGUGUAAUACUUCCUCCAUCACUCAGUAUAUACAUUUAAACACAGUAUAUACUGAGUACUUGCAUUUAUAUUUGACCAGAAUGAGGAAAUUUACAGGAUUAUUAAUAGGAAAUAUGAAUAAUUUGCCAGAUUUCUGCUAAAAUGACUCCCUCUAAAGUGUUUCUCAGACAUUUUGUGAGUAGUCCUGCAGCAUCUGGAGCAGAGAAGCUUUAAUAUUAUUCGCUCUAAUUUCUAAAAACGCUCUGUGAUGAUGUACGACGGUUGCUUUAAUGUUGGAGUCUGAGACCGUAAAGAUAAAAAGAUGUUUUUAAGGCUCUUUAUGAUGGAUAAAGAUCUGAUUUUCAGUGAAAUAUGCUGUUUAAUGAACAUUUAAGACAUAGAGACGGAAACUUUGUGUGAAAUUAAAGCGAAUUAGACACAAAGCAAGUGGAUAUUUUGCAUUUUUUUUAUUACUUUAGUUCUUAUUUUGGAGUGUAAAUUAUCCUAAAUGUUGUGUUUGUUUCAGGAGUGCAGCGCUUUGGCUCUAUUUUCUGCAGAAUCACAAACAGAUUACUUAGUUAAAGACAAAAAAAGGCCUUAAAUGGUUUAAAAUUAGACUUAAAUUUAAUUUAUAAAAGUUUAUCUGUUUGUUUUUUGCUCCUUUAUCAGUCCAAAACUCAAAGAUCUGAUGUUUUAUCUCCAUGUACGACAGAAAUCUUCACAUUUUGCAGCUUUAAAUGAGAAAUGACUGAAACAGUUGAUCUUAUAAUUAGUUAAUUCAUCCACCUGCUUUCUGCCGCCUCCAUUUAUUCAUUAACGGUUAAUUUAAUUAAUUCUAUCGUGGGGAAUUAUUGUUCCACACAGCUGGAAGUAUUGCCCAAUAACAAAUAAUCACAGUUUAUUUUGUCCCUGCUGGUUCUCCGUCAGACUUCGAGGCUUUGUGGUGAAAUUCACUUUAAAUUACGUCGAUAAUUCUUGAAUUUAACUCGUCUGUUGCGGUUUUAUUUGCAGUGAAGCUGUCGACACGCGGCAGGAAAGAGUUUUUAAACCUAAAACAUAUGAAAGGACUUCACGUUUUCUCACUAAUUACACACUCUGGGCUUUUCAAGGCUCAAAUUUGACUGAAAAACAUCAAAUUAACGUAUAAUUUUAACAAUAAAGGGGCAUUUUUUGUGUUCAGCAGCGUGUAGAAUAAUACAAACCAGAUGCUGUUGAUCUCCUUCCAUCAGUUGCUGCACAUCUGAUUUCACUAAAUUCUUUAUUUUCUGCAAAUUUACAUAAAAUAUGAAAGUCUUUAAAGUUGUUUUAUGAAUUACAGCAGCAGGAAAAUCAAAACGGACCAAUUUUAUGUCAGAAAGUGAAAAGUUUAUUCACAUUUUUGUUAUUAUGAUGCAAAUUUAUCAUUUAUCUUGUAAAAUAUUAAAGCUUGUCACCUCUUUAUUUGAUAACUUAUAUCAACAGUGCAGAUAAAUUGAAAAAUAUGUUAAUAAAUUCUGCUUCCUGCUGAGUUUCUGCUGUUUUUGAUCACAUUGAUCAUUCAUCGAUCGGUCUUGUUGAUCGAUGAGACUCCUUAAAAUCCGUCUCCGUGUCGUGGACUGAUCGCAAAAUAAUCGAUCAAUAACAGCAGAACAUCAAACUUUUAUCACUUAAUGUAAAAUGUUCACACUAGAACCAGAUAAAUGGUUUAUUGUUGCACCCUGACGUGUUUUUAUGUUGUAAUAACAUGAAAAUAUCUUGUUUUAAUGCUAAACUUUUCACUUUAUUGCAUGAAACUGAUCCGUUUUUUCAUCCCGGCAUCGUGUUGCUGCUGUAAUGAAUCAUAUCAAACAGUUUUUACUACUUUAAGAACAGUAAAUAUUUAAUUAGCUGACUGUGCAGGAGAAUAUUCUGCAGCUCUGAGGGAUUUUUUUAGGACUGAAGCUCAAAAAUCUGCUAAUUAAUUAACUAUUGAAGCAAAAAACUACCAAGAACUCACUGAUUUCCAGCUUUUGUUCUGGUUCGACGUGAAAAAAAAACGCAGAUUUUCUCUUCUAGUCAAAUAAACAAGACUUAGAGACAUCACCAUGACCUUUUAAGAUGCAGAGAAUAAAAUUAACUAAAGAAUUGCAUCAAAUCUGCUUUAUUUCUGCAGCAUGUUUAAAAAAGAACAGUUAUUUUCAUGAUAGAUGACAAGCAACAAUAAAAAUAUGUGCAAAAAAAUAAAACAGGAAAAUGUACAAAACCCACGUUUAAAAUUAAUAUAAAAUGCUAAAAAUGAAGCACAGAGAAGAAAAACAACUCGUAAGACUGAUUUAUUAGCAGAUUUUCACUCCAUAUGGAAGCUGAAAUCACUUUACUGAGUCAUUUAUGCAAAAGUUUCAUAAAGUUUAAGGACGGAUUCAUCAGGGACAAAAGAAGCUCAGUUAAAGUUUUCUCACCAAUCUGUAGAUUUUCUCACAAUAAAAGCAGAUUUAAAACUUAAAUAUGGAGAUAAUUUUAAAUAAAAGAGUGAGAAUGUUUAGUUUCACCAUAAAAGCUGUAAAAUGAUGCGAUGCUGAAAGUUUUUUCUUUUUUAUCUGCAUCCACGUUGCGUUUUUUUGUUAGUUUAUUUCACUUCAUGCAGAACAAAAACAGCAGAAAGUUGGUGUUCAGAGGCUGGAAGACAUAAACCAUGUGGUCCUGGUGUUUUCAAUCACUAUUUACUUUCAUUUUCAUUCACUUAACUUUCAUUUUCAAUCACUGUUCACUUUCAUUUUCAAUCACUGUUUACUUUCAUUUUCAAUCACUGCUUUCAUUCUUGGGUAAGGUUUACUGUAGUUUUGAUUAACUUUUGGUUUCUGUAGUGCAUUUACUUUUGUUUCUAGUCUCUGUUUUGUUUUGAGUCACUGUUUACUGCCAUUUUCGGUUGUUUUUACUUUGGUUUCCAGUUGUGGUUUCCUUUUGUUUUCUCAGUAAGCAGUUAUUCUUUUUCGGUCACUGUUUGCUAUCAUUUUUCUUCACUGUUUACAUUUGUUUAGAUUCAUUGUCGACCACUGUUUACUUUUCUAAACCUCUUUUCGAUCACUUUUAGUUUUGUUUUCGUUGGCUGCUUACGUUUAUGGUCAGAGUUCUUUUUCAGACGCUGUUUGUCAUUUUCAGUCACUGUUUAUGAUUGUUUAUGAUCAAUCUAUACUUUUGUGUUUACUUUCGUUGUCAGAUGCUGUUUACUCUAGUUUUCAUUCACUAUUUAGUUUUGUUUUUGACAGCUAUUAACUUUGGUUUUGCUGUUUACAGUCAUUUUUUAGAUUGCUUUUUUAUGGUUACGCUACGAAAGUUUUCAGUUUAAAUACAAUCAAACACAAAACUGAUUGUUUUAUGUAGUUCCGUAAUAAUAAUAGCCUCUUAAAAAACAUGAGCAUUGCAGAUUUUUACAGCUUUUACUGUGAAAAGAUUUUUUUUUUUGCUAAAUGCUCCAUUGCACAGUCAUUUGUGAGACUGGGCUGGUGCAAGAUAGAUGGGAAAACACGCACAUCUGGUUUUAAAUUGUUUUUAAACCGGUUUUCAAAGUAAUUUGUACCUCAAAGCAGAUGAAAUGUAUGUAGAAACUGGGUGUAAUUAUUGUCUGUUAGGGGGAAACUUUUAGCCUCAACCAUUUCUAGUAUAACCUGAAGUUUUAUGGAUGGAUUCACAGGAGUGGAUCGUCGGUGUACGAUGAUAACUUCAGUUUUCUCUCCACUGACACGUUAACGAAGUCGUGAGGUUUCUCAGCAGCUGAAUGAAGGCGGCGGUCAAACAUAUAAAUAUUCUACGUGUGGAUGUUCCAGAAACAGUCGUCUAACAGAAAUCCGAGUGUUGGUGUUUGUCGGUGACGGAGGUGAACAGUGAUGUUGUGUUUCAGCAGACGGACGGUUCAGAGACUGACGGUAACAAACUUCAUCAUCGCGUUAUAAAGUCGUGUCUGUAAAAGAAAAAAAAACAACACGUUUUUUAUUUUUUAUAGAAUCUAUUUGAUUUUUUAUAGAAUCUAUUUGAUUUUUUUUUAGAAUCAUUUUUGAUUUUUUUGUAUUUUUUAAUUGAUGAUUGAGAAUUUUUUUAUUAAUUUAAAUGUUUUACUGCAAUAAAGACCUUUUUCUUCAGCCUUUCUUUGUGUUUGUGUUUCGCAUCAGAGGUUUGAUUCGGCGGUUUCUGUUUCUGUUCCUGUAGUGACAAAUAAAUAUGAUAAAGCAGAUGAAACGAACACAUUUGAUCUUGUAACGUGCCUUGGAGCUGAGUCCGUUGUAAUAAAUUCCAUUGGUAUGAACCUUUUCAGUGAAA